CAAAACCAGGUAACCAAGAGAAAACGAGACAGCGUGAAAAGCCUUGAGGGCGCGUUAUGGGGUUAGCGUGAGACGAACCGGGACUGUUUUUUUUUCUGCCUUCUUUACCAGUCAAACCAGUAACUCUGGAUAGAGAGCACACAAGUACUGCAACAGUUUUUACCCUUGUGGUCCCUGAUGGCUUCGCACAGUGAUACUCUGGUGGUGUUCUUUGGGGCAACAGCUGGUGCAAAUGGGGGUAAACUGGGGUCGGAUGAAAGGGAAUUAAUUCUCUUGGUGUGGCAAAUUGUGGAUCUACAUGAGAAUAAGGUGGGCAAGCUUCAGCGGACUCUAGUACAGCCGGACAGUGCGGAUCUGUCGGAGCAGUGCAAAGAGGAAACCGGGCUCACGGCGGACGAGCUGUGCAAGGCCGAGCCCCUGGAGAGCGUCUUGCAACAGUUUCAUCAGUCGGUGUCAGCUGAACUGAAGUCUCUGGGCAGAAGCUCCUACACGCUGUGUGUGGACGGACCACUGCUCAUUCGACAGGUGCUGCACCCUGAGGCCUCCAAAAAGAAUCUAGUGCUGCCAGAGUGCUUCUACACAUUUGUGGACUUGAAGAAAGAGUUUCACAAAUGCUGUCCAAACGCAGGCCCUGUCAAAGAUCUCACUCUCACCUCCAUGCUGGACUACGUGUGUAUUCCAGCAGCAGAGGAGCAGGAGGCUGGACUAAGGGAGGUGAAGAACAUGGUUUUGCUAAUUCUUCAUCUCCUGGAUGAGCCUUACAAUCACAAAUUCUCCACUUUUGAGAACGUAAACUACAAGUUUGAAUCCGGAGCAUGCAGCAAGACAGAAGCUGUGGACAGUGAGACGGUUAUCAGAGCUCGUGGGUUGCCAUGGCAGUCAUCUGAUCAGGACAUCGCUCGCUUCUUCAAGGGCCUCAACAUUGCCAAGGGUGGCGUUGCGCUGUGUUUAAAUGCUCAGGGCCGGAGGAACGGAGAAGCUCUGGUGCGCUUCAUAAACCCUGAGCACAGAGACAUGGCACUGGAUCGACAUAAACACCACAUGGGCAACAGAUACAUUGAAGUGUAUAAAGCGACUGGAGAGGAAUUUCUAAAGAUUGCAGGAGGCACAUCCAAUGAGGUAGCUCAGUUUCUUUCUAAGGAGAACCAAGUGAUAAUCCGAAUGCGUGGGCUUCCGUUCACUGCUACUCCUCAGGACGUUCUGGGCUUCCUUGGCCCAGACUGCCCAGUGACUGAUGGGACAGAGGGGCUUCUGUUUGUGAAGUACCCAGACGGACGUCCCACAGGCGACGCGUUUGUUCUCUUUGCCUGCGAGGAAUAUGCCCAGAAUGCCCUGAAGAAGCACAAACAGAUCCUGGGCAAGAGAUAUAUUGAGCUGUUCCGCAGUACUGCAGCUGAGGUCCAGCAGGUUUUGAAUCGCUACAUGUCCACUCCAUUGAUCUCCACCCUUCCUCCUCCUCCGCCUCCGAUGGUAUCUAUGCCUGUGUUAGCCUCGUCACCCUUCAUCACCACCGGCAGCACGCGAGACUGCAUUCGGCUGAGAGGUCUGCCGUACAUCGCUGCCAUUGAGGACAUCCUGGAGUUUAUGGGAGAACACACCAUUGAUAUCAAACCACAUGGGGUGCACAUGGUCUUUAACCAACAGGGUCGACCCUCUGGUGAUGCCUUCAUUCAGAUGAAGUCAGCUGACCGUGCAUUUAUGGUGGCUCAGAAGUGCCACAAGAAGAUGAUGAAGGACCGUUACGUGGAGGUGUUCCAGUGCUCCACUGAGGAGAUGAGCUUUGUGCUGAUGGGGGGCACGCUUAACCGCAGCGGCCUCUCACCGCCUCCUUGCAAACUGCCCUGUCUCUCUCCACCAACAUAUGCUGCAUUUUCUGCAAAUCCAGGUAUGCUUCCCACGGAGGCAGCGUUGUAUCAGCCCCCCCUGCUGGCCACUCCAAGAACUCCACAGGGCCCAGCACACAACCCUGCACCUGCUUUAGCCUACUACUCUCCACAGCUCUACAUGAACAUGAACAUGAGCUACACCACCUACUACCCCAGUCCACCGGUCUCUCCCUCCACGGUGAGUUAUUUUGCGGCCCCGCCGGGUUCAAUGGCAGCAGCGGGCCCUGCCCUCCUUCCCCCUCAGCCCGGGGCACUGGUGCGAAUGCAGGGUCUGCCAUACAACGCUGGGGUCAAAGACAUCCUCAGCUUCUUUCAGGGAUAUCAGUACGCUCCUGAAGACUACAGCAGCUUGGUCGGAGUGAGUGAUCAGGGCCGGAGUCUCAUUCAGCCUAAAGAGUGGCUUUGUCUGUAGGGGCAGCCUCUCCAGCUCCAGGCGGACUCUGUGCUCAUGCUGUAUAACUGGAGUGGUCAGCGCAGUGGGGAGGCGCUGGUGACCUUCCCCAGUGAGAAAGCAGCCAGACAGGCUGUAGCCGAAUGCUCCAAUCUUCCCCUCUCCGGCCACCCCAUCCGCCUGGCCUGCUGCGAGUGACCACACACACAGACCACUACACCCCCAGAGGGAGGACCGCACUUCACCUGUCUCACCCCUUUCUCCCUCAUUACCUGUCUUUUGGCUUUCCAGACAGUUGUCCUGUUGUUCUUGACACAAAGUAGGACGGGACCUGACACAGAAGCACUGUAUAUAAGUUUAUAUACACACGGUUAACCAUCUCCGUAGCAUUGCCUCACUGCUUGUGUGUGUGCGCGUGUGAGAUUGUGUGAAAUUGAGAUCAGUGGCAUGCAUGCUAAACUCUUCCUGUGGCUUUUGAUGUCAAGAUCUCUUCUGUCCUAUUUCAAGACUUAAAGUAAAGGUUAUGGAACACGAGGUCUUCCUGUUGUUAUAAACACAGCUGGGCAGUCCAGUCAGGCUGCAGUCCUUGCCUUACACUAGGGAACCAAAGUGCAAUGCAAUACUUAUUUGCCGUUCUGGAUAAACGAAUAUUUUGAAAUAGUGAGAUUGUAAGAAACCAAAUAUAUGCUUUGAGACUGUUAUGCUGCACAUAGGAUUAAAAAAGGGCAUAAUGGUUUUUCCCAGUGUACCUCUGCACUGUUUGGACUUACAGCCUUCAGACUUGUUCCUUAUUUAAUAGAGAUCAGACCAAGUAUGUACUCCAUAGACUUGCAUGAACUGAUUUUUAGUUAAAUCCAUUUGAAAUUGAAUCAUUUUUUUAUUUAAAGUAAAAGAGUUGUUUGUGUGAUCUACAUUCAGUAAUGCUUGUUCUUUAUAUGAAUUGCAUCGAUAGAGGUGUGUAUUCUGUUGCCCCCAGAGUCCUGUGAGAAUGUGCAGACUGAACUGUGCCGAGGUCUUACCUUGUUUUGGACUUUAUAAUGUUUUGAAAUGCGGUCUACGCAUGUUCUUUUCUACCAGGCUGCUUUAAUCGUGAGCUUCAUUUUUUCCCCCAUGACUACAUUACCUGGAGUGCAAUACAAGGCUGAACAAAAUAUCACACCUCUCUGGUAAAAGAAGUGGCCUUUUUCCCCCCCGAAAUGUAUGAAAUGUUUAUGUAUGUGUGUAAAAAAAUGUGACUCUUAGAUGCAACAAAUAAAUUGAUAUUUCUCUGACAUCA